AUGGCCAGCUGCCCUGCCGUGCCGUCAGCACAGGCCAGGCCGAGCGUUCAGAUUAUUUGCUCUCAGAAUCUCGGGGGCUGGCCUGAAGAACAAUCAGAAGAAGAAGAAGAAGAAGAAGAAGAAAACGAAGAGAGUUUUGAGCAUCUCUCUGGCCGAGAGUGGCCCGAGUUCUCGACGGCGGCGGCAUUGGCACUGGUUCUCAAGCUUGCGAGGAGAGCAUGGAAGGACCACAGCAACCAGAACGGAGCUUCUGACUUCGAAGGGCCCCGCCAUAGCCUUUCCUGCCAAGCCAAGGCCGCGAGAACGAGUACAGUUUGUACAGCAGCCUCAAGACUGGUCUGA